AAGAACCAAAACUCAUGGAUCCUAAUCUAUAAUAUCUUCCAUAGCUACCGGGAAGAACGGACAACGAGAUCAAAAACUACUGGAACACGAGGCUGAAACGCCUCCAACGUCAAGGUCUCCCUCUCUACCCGCCCGAUAUCAUCCCAAACAACAACCAUCACCAUCACCAUCAUCAUCACCACCAUCAUCCGCACAUGCCUACCUCCCCUCUCCCCUCCCCUUCUUCCACGGCCACGGCCCCGACCCCGUCCUCUUCCUUCACUUUCCAGACCAUACCGUCCCCUAACCUAUUGCGUCCUCUCAGCCCUACACCGCCUUGCCACACUCCCACCACUCCACAAACCCCUCCUCACUCUCUCUCUUCUCCUCGCCAGUUCUCUACUCUCCCUCUCUUCGCCCUCCCGAGGUCCCCUUCCUCUUCCCUCUCCCAUCCCGACAUCAAUGCCUUCACCUUCCCCCGCCCCCCUCCUCUCCUCCAGCCGCCUUCCUUCCGUUCUAAACGUUUCAGUUCUCAUUCUGUUAUUCCCGCUAACGUGAGUUGCAGCAGCGGGUUUUCGCCAGUGGGGAAGAGCCCUUACUCUUCGUUUCUAACGCUGCCUUAUUCUUCCCCGGCCACUCCAACUGGUUCUUCUUCUUACCCGAACGCCAACGCAUCCUCGUCCUCGUCCUCCUCCUCCAUCGCUCUCCUCGUCUCUUCCUCUCCCACUUCUCCUCUUCAUUCCUUCUCUCUAAACCCUUCCUCUCCUUACCACUCAUCCCAAUCCCCUACUCAUCAUAUGCUUCAUACCCAUUUCUCUCCUUCCUCCCUUCAGUCCACUGAACCCGUUUCUGUCUACUCCAUUAAACCCGAGCUCCCUUCGAACCAAAUGUCCCACUCGACCUCUGUAGCCGGCUAUGAUGUCAUCAGCUUGACAGGCGAUGAGAAACAUCAUCACCAUCAGCAGCAUCAUCAUCACCAUCAUCAUCAGAAUCUUGAUGCUGGUUUGCAUAGUAAUAGCUGCGAGCUGUUAGAGAAUGUCCUCGACGAAGCUGAGGCUUUGGCCAGCGGCGGUCGAGCUUCUAAGAGGAGACAAGUCAUGUCUCUGCCUGACCAGAACGACAACAAUGCCAACAGCACUGACAACUUGGCCAGUUUCGGCUUAUGUCCCCCACAAGGGUUAAGAGAAAGGGAAGAUGAUCAGUCGCUCCAGAUGAACGCCAUGCAAGAAGACAUAACGAAGCUUCUUGAGUGGGGAAGCGACAGUGGAGGAGAGAUCUCGAACGGGCAUUCCUCUGUCGUGACGGACGACAAUCUCGUCCUCGACGUUCAUCAGUUCGCGUCGUUGUUCCCAGUCGACACUUCUUCGGCAUCUGCCAACGACCACAACAAGAACAGCACCACCACUUCCUGUUCUUGGGACAACUUGCCCGGAAUCUUCUGAAAAAAAAAAAAAAGAAGAUCGGUCGACAAAUGAGUUCUUUCUUGAUCAUUGAUUUACCAUUUAUCCGGAUUUUUAAGUGCGUGAACAAAAUAAAUUUGUUGUUUAUUUCUAAUUACUUAAUUACUAAUAUUGAUUUGGCAGUGACUUUGGAUGCGUUUCAUCUGUUUGUUCAUAAUGCAUUCGCUCAUCAUUAAGAGCUC